GGUGCCUGGUUAGUGGUUAACGUCCCCAAGGCGCUGACAUCUCGGCAACCCGUCUGGCCCGGUCUGGCGCUCCCUGCGCUCCCGCCCUCUCCUCCCUCUGCCGGUCCUCGACGGCCGACAGGUAUAUAAGCAGCCAGCUGCCGGGGAGACGCACCAGUGAAGUGGAGUCGUCUUCACCGCCGCAGCAGACAUGAAGCUGAUGAUCGUGCUCGCCCUGGUGGCUGUGGCCGCCGCUCAGGAUGACGCCCAGUACGUGGCCGGCAGCGACCGCGACGCUCAGAUUGUCAAGAACGACUUCAGCAUGGACGAGGCCGGCGGCUUCGUGGCCGACAUGGAGACGUCCAACAACAUCCAGCAGGGCGCCACCGGCACCAGCUACCCGGGCCAGGACCCGGAGACGGGCAGCUACACCAUGAGCGGCCAGUACUCGUACGUGGCGCCCAACGGACAGACGGUGACGGUCACGUGGACGGCCGACGAGAACGGCUACAGCGCCGAGUCGGACGCCAUCCCGCAGCUGUCGGCCGAGCACCAGGCCGCCAUCGACGGCUCCGUCGGCGCCCUGCCAGAGACCUUCAGCGACAGCGUCUAGAGCCACUCCGGAUCCCCCCAGACCAACGCCUGGCUGUCCCGCUGAAGGCCGGUGACCGCCCUCAGUCAGAGGCGGCCCCGCCAAUCAGUGGUGUUCGCAACGCGAGUGACUGUGAGCGCAUUUUACAUACCGAUUGUAACUACCCUACAAUACAUUAUCAUCGAACGGCG